AUGCUGCGGGGCCGGUGCUUGGGGUGGGCUCGGCCCCCUCCUGCCCCCCCUGACCCUCCGCUCCCUCUCCCCGGGGCCGUGGCGGGUAGAAGCCCCGGGAGAGGCGCGGUGCGGGCACUGAGCGCCCGGCUGCUGGGGCUGGCGGUGGACCCGGCACGGGACCCCGACCCCAGCGUCUACCUGGCCCUUCGCCUGGCCGACGACCACGACCUGCGCAGGGAGGAGCAGUACCUGGCACGGCUGCAGGACGCCUUCCAGCGCCGCUACAGCUGGAAAAUCCCAGCGCCCCUACAGCUGGGCCCGGGGCCGGGGCGGCUGGCGCUAUACCUGCUGGGGCUGCGGGCCACUUGUCCCUCGCCGGAGCCCGGUCCCCAGCGUUCACUGGUGACGUGGCUGAAGUACUACCUGGAGGAGGACUGGGCAGGCUCCCGGCAGCACGGCCACCCCCUCAACGGUUACUACCAGUACAGCCUGGGCGUGCUGGCGCUGUGCGUCCACCGCAAGCGGGUGCGGGAGGAGGUGAUCCGCCGGCUCCUGGUGGCCGAGCAGCACGGCAGGUUCGGGCACAUCGGUGGCAGCGCCGCGGACACGGAGGCGGUGGCGGCGCUGGCCUUCACCUGCCUGGAGCGGGAGCGGCUGGUGGGGGCCAGGCUGGCGGCGGAGCUGCGGGCGGCCACGCGCAGGACGAGGAGGAGGAUGGUCGAGGCGCAGGGCCGGGACGGCUUCUUCAGCAAUGUCUACAGUACCUCGUGGGCCAUGCAGGUCUUCAUCGCCACCAACACGUGCCGGAUGCAGCCGGCGUACGGCCGGGCCAUGGCUGCGCUGCUGGAGAACCUGGACGCCUUCACCACCGCCGCGACCAUGGCCCAGGCGCUGCCGGUGCUGCAUGGCCACUCAUACCUCGUGCCAGGAGGAGCCGGGUAG